UGACCCGACCCCGAGCCAUCUUCCAACAAGGCCUGAUCUACCCAGUCGUCUGCAAUCGCCCGCUGCAAGAACUGCAGAAAAGUGCGAGCUCCGAAAGCUCCGGGCGGGACGGCCCGCCUCCGGCUCUCCGAGUUCUGGGUUCGAACUCAGCCGCCUGCACUUAGGCGCGGGAGCCCUGACAUUGUCAGAACGUCGCCGGAAUGGAGAGUGACCAGCGCGCGAGACCAGGUCCGCGCCGACAGCCCCGCACGCUCCACCACCCUGGGGGUCUGCGGUGCGCCCGCCGCAGCGCGGCCCCGGAGCGGCAAACAAAAGGCCGGGCGGCCGGCCGUGCUCCGCGCCUCGCUUCCCCUCGCUUCGCUGCGCUCCCGCAGGCCUGCCCGGCCCACGCGGGUUCUUACCCGGAACCGCGGCCCUCAGAGCCCCAGCCCGGCCGGCGUGCACGGGGCGCCGGCAGCGUUCAUGCCGCGGACCGUCGGCCGCGAAGCCCCCGCCUCAGCUAGGGCCCAGCACCCGGGCGCUCGCGCCGCCCAUUGUUAAAGGACCGGCAGGCGGCUCGCCGUACAAAGCCAGCGCCGGGGCACGGGCCGCCCUGCGCUGCCAAUCGGCUCUCGCGAUACAGCGGGGUCGCGCCUCGCCGUCCAAUCGGCGGCCGGGCCGAGCCAGGUGCGAGUCCGUCUCCCGGGCCCCUGCCCGGUGCCGGGCGGUCUCGCUCUGCAGCCUCGGCGGUCUGUCGGCGCCUGAGGGCCGCUCACCUGCAGAGAAUCUUUGAUGGGUCCCGGGUGCUGGCAAAGAAAGAUGCGAUGUCUCAGCCCCGCGAUUAAAAUUUGGCAGCUCGGAUCUGGCCCGCUGUCUCACUUCCGAGGGGCUGCCCUCCGGGAUCCUCCCCCUACCCUAAGCCUUCCGAAUGGGCUUUAGCUCUUACCAGUCCCUAACGCGCUUUGGUUGUCGAGUUCUGAUCCAGUCUCCCCUCUAAACCCAGUACUCCUUUUAGCUCUUCUAACUCAGCAAUUCUUGUUGCUUUCGCUUCAGCGGUUCGCGCGAGUUGCGACUGGAAUUGACAUCUUUAGCAACCUGGUUUGUCAGAUCCGUAAUGGAUGUAAUUGACCAUCUGUGGUGGUCAAGGAAGAAACCCUAAACGGUGGGAACACUCCAGCGUCAAUUGAGAUGUUGACUGGGGCUGGAAAUGUAACAGAAACCCCAUCAGUUGUAUUUGAGAGUAUCUGGAGGACCACCCCAAAAGAAGUAGAUGGGUUCCCUCAAUUUUCCAGAGACUGUAAAGCGACUUCCUUCAAUAUUUAAACAUAAAUCAUGA